AUGGACCAGCCAGGGAUGACUCUACAAAGCAUGAGCCAACAAGAUAAGUACCAACGAGUCAUUACUCAACCGGGUAGCUUUCCUGUUAGGAACCAAUCAGGAACCAGACAACCUGGCACAAGACAAGAAAACAAGAGCCAAUCAGACAUAGUCAUAAACAUAUCUCGUAUGGACGAAGAAGGCACAACCCUACCAAGCAUGAAUCAACCAGCCAUGAGCCAACCAACCACAAGCCUAACUGGUAUAUACCAACCAGGCAUGAUCCAACCAGGCCUGCGUCACCCUGGUACAAGCCUCCCUGCUAUGAACCAGCCAGGCACUAGCCAACUAGGAACGAGUCAGAGAGGCAUAAGUCAACCAGGCAUGUGUCAACUAGGCACAAGCCUACCUGUUAAGAACCAACCAGGUACCAGCCAACUGGGCACAAGUCAACAAGGCAUGAGCCAAUCAGGCAUAAGCACAAAUCUAAUUAGUAUGGACCAGCCAGGGAUGACUCUACAAAGCAUGAGCCAACAAGAUAAGAACCAACCAGUCAUUACUCAACCAGGCAUAAACCAACGAAGUAUAAGUCUACUGGACACAAAUCAACCAUAUUUAAGCCAAGCAGGCAUGAGGCCACUGGGUCUGAGUACUCUCAGAGUAAGACAUGCGGAAGCUCGAGACUGCCCUGAAAUACUACGCCUGAUUAAAGAAUUGGCUGCUUGUGAAAACAUGGUAGAUGCAGUGAAGUUAACAGUACCAGAUUUACUCAGGGAUGGCUUUGGAGAAAAUCCUCUUUUCUACUGUCUGAUUGCUGAAAUACACUAUCAACAUAAUACAUCAGGUAAAGUAUAUGUUAUUUUGACCGUUGGAUUUGCCAUGUACUACUUUACAUAUGACCCGUGGACUGGCAAGUUACUUUACCUAGAGGAUUUUUAUGUCAUACAAGCUUACCGAGGUCUUGGUAUUGGAGCUGAAAUGCUGAAGAGGCUAAGUCAGAUAGCCAUCAAAAGCCAAUGUAACUGCAUGGACUUUCUUGUUGUCAUCUGGAAUCAGGCUUCUAUUGAAUAUUAUACUCGUCGAGGGGCUUCAGACCUUUCCUCCGAGGAAGGCUGGCAUCUGUUCAGAUUUAACAGAGAAAAACUCAUCGAAAUGGCAAGUGGAGAGUGACAAAUGAGACAUAAUAACUCAUCUCAACAAAGGCCUGAACAUUUAACUGUCACUGAAGUCCAACAAUUUGAC